AUGGCUCUAUUCUUCAACUUCAUGGUAAUCUUGGGUCUUAUAUUUUUCGCCAUGGCUACUGCUAUGAAGGCACAACGUCACAAAGUAGCUUACAAAUUCUAUAAAGAGCCCAGUGCCCUUGUCUUCGAUGAAAUUGCUGUGAUCUCUAACACGCAAGAGUGCAACGACAUGGCGAGAGUACUUGCUGUGGAAAACUACAGUGUACCUGCUAUCGCGCUGGCAAUGCAAAUUUGCGUGGCUACUGUAGAACCAGAAAGAGGAGGAUUCGGAGGCUCCUCUACCGUCGCAUAUGUAGAUCUGUACGUUUUGGUCGUCACUUCAAGUGAUCUAAACGGACCUGAGGACCUGGGUAGUACUAAGAUGAACUUACAAACCGCUUUUCACUCCUGCUAUAUAAGAGCGCUGACAUGUGAGCAGAUGUCGCGCUGAUC